AUGCCGGGCCAGCACGCUCCCGAAAAGAGCGGGAUCCAGACCUUGAGGAAGAAGGUCGCGACGGGCCGGAUGACCGCAAUGAAGGGCCGCGUUGGCCGCGAGCUCACCGCGGAGGAAAUGCGGGACUGCCAGCAGCAGCUGGUCGAGCUGGAGUCGAAGCGCGAGGAGGGCAUCCUGAGCCGCCGCCACGCCAGCGCUGAGGCCAACCGCGUGAUCCACGCGGUGGAGUCUGUGGCCGCCUCGCACGGUGCCGAGCUGCGCCAGAGCGGCGCCGCGGUAGUGCAGCAUGUGGACGGCCGCUUCGACGCCCUGGUGAUCCACGGCGUGCGCUGCAAGCUGGUGAUCCUGGGCAGCCCGAGCACGCUGCAGCUCGAUGGCCUGGGCCACGCGCAGCUGAAGCCGCUCGCCGCGGCCUCCAAAGUCUUCGUGCUGACCAAGGGCGCCGACAAGUUCGUCCCUGGCCGCGUCGUCAUCGAGGGCAAGCGCGCCCCCAAGCUCGUGGACGAGGACGACCGGACGCUGAGCCGCGUCGCCGCCGUCCGCUUCCAGCUCAACGGCAAGCCCGUCCUGCCGCGCCUCCAGGUCGCCGAGUCCGAGAAGAAGAAGCAGCUCGCCAGGGGCGCGCCGCUGCAGCUCCACGGGAUCGCCUGCAGAGUGCUCGGUCCCGGCCUUGUGCAG